AUGGGUUCCUCCUCCACUCAAAUUGGGCAUCACCAGAAGGUCGCAAAAAAAUGCGGUGACUCCAUAGUUCCGGCGACCAAAUAUCCUUCGUUUUCUCUCCCUUUCUCACUUUCAUCGUCAUCGUCUUCGCUAUCAUCUUCGUAUUUUCCUGAUGAUUCAUGGAUCCCCAAGAAGCUGCAGAACCACAACAAGGAGUACUCCAUGAAGUUGCUGCCAUUGCCGCCGCCGACAAUCCCACGGACCUCCAAAAACAACAGUUUCGAGGAUACGCUUACAAGGAAGAAAGCAUCCGCCGGCGCUUCCGACAGUUUCCGGCAAGUGGAUCCAUUUUUCGCUGCGUUGGUCGAGUGUUCCAAGGAAGACGGUGAUCAAGCGACCGAAAGGAAUCUCUGGACCGGAGCUAAGGUGACGAGGAGCAUGAGUGACCGGUUGGGGUUCAUAAAUCUGUACUCUUCGUGUAAAAGAAGUUGUGCGGUUUCGGAAUCAACAGUGUAUCUUCCCAGGUCACGAAGAACUGCUGGUUAUGGCCUAGUUAAUCACCGUCGCUCUCGUUAA